CACUGUCCUUCACAAUUUAUUUUCUUAGUAAGACAACACUUUGCUCCUCCUUUCACCUUUCUCUUACUCAAGUAUACAUUGUGUCUCUUUCCAUAGUUUCAAACCAGAGGUUUGAAGGGAGAGAAUGGGAAAAGCUACUCGGUGGUUGAGAGGCUUGUUGGGUAUGAAGAAAGACAAGGAAAACUUGGAGAAUUCAAACUACGGAGACAAGAGAGAGAAGAAAAGGUGGAGUUUUGGCAAAUCUGGGAAAGAUUCAGGCGUAUUGGGUCAGAUCCCAGUCAACACUACGGCGAAUAUUCGGGUCAAUGACUCUGCUUGGCUGAGAUCUUAUAUGAAAGAGACAGAGAAAGAGCAAAGCAAGCACGCAAUUGCUGUCGCAGCUGCCACCGCGGCUGCCGCCGAUGCUGCUGUUGCGGCGGCACAGGCGGCGGUGGCUGUUGUGAGACUCACUAGCCAAGGCAGAGGAGGUCUGUUCAGUGGAGGGAGAGAGAGAUGGGCUUCUGUGAAAAUUCAGACUGUUUUCAGGGGUUUUCUGGCCAGAAAAGCUCUUCGAGCUCUAAGAGGACUGGUGAAAUUACAGGCUCUUGUUAGAGGAUACCUUGUUCGGAAACGAGCCGCUGCAACUCUCCACAGUAUGCAAGCUCUCAUAAGGGCUCAGACUGCUGCCAGAUCCCAAAGAGCUCGCCGUUCUAUCACCAAUGAGUAUAGAUUUCAACCAGAAAUGAGAACGAGGAAGUCCGUUGAGAAAUUUGAUGAAACAAGAAGUGAGUUCCAUAGCAAGAGACUGUCAGCUUCUUAUGACAUUUAUGAGGGGAGCCCGAAAAUCGUGGAAAUCGACACAUACAAGCCCAAAUCAAGAUCUCGUCGAAUGAGCAAUUGUAUGUUUGAUUCUAGUGAUGACCCGCAUUACCACCAAGCUAUGUCAUCACCACUUCCAUGUCCAAUUCCAUCUCGAAUCUCAAUCCCCGAUUGUCGUCACCUUCAAGACUUUGAAUGGUGCUUCACAGGUGAUGAAUGCAGGUUUUCAACAGCUCAUAGCACUCCUCGCUUUACAAAUUCUGGCAGGUACAAUCCUCCGGCAACACCAGCCAAGAGCGUAUGCGGUGACACUUUCUUUAGGCCAUACACCAACAAUCCUAGUUAUAUGGCCAAUACUCAAUCAUUCAAGGCAAAACUGAGAUCUCACAGUGCUCCAAAGCAGAGACCAGAGCCAGGGCCAGGGCCGAAGAAGAAGCUUUCACUUAACGAGAUUAUGGCAUCAAGAACUAGCUUCAGUAGUGUUAGAAUGCAAAGGUCUUGUUCUCAAGUUGAUGAAGUUCUGGAGUAUUGAAGAUUGUUGUUUAGAGUACUGCCUAUUUAGUACAGAAUCACAAAUGAUUUGCAUAGGAGGAGAUGAUUUAGAGAGUAGAGAAGCAGAACUAACAAAAACUUCUGGUGUAAAUUUUAACAGAGUUGGUUUGAAUCAUGUUUCAUGAAUGAAGUGAG